CCCUCCAGUCCCUCCUGCCCCCAGCGACUCCAAAACCCAAGCCUGCAAGUCAACACACGAGACUACAUCUCCUUCCCCCUCCUCCAGUGCGUUGAUCGCAUCACCCUUCCCCCCGACAAAACGUUUUGGCGCACGUCCCCAACGAAGCCGCCCCUCCGAACGGCGUUGCACGCGUUGCUACGUCGACCUGUCAUGCCCUGCUAAGCGCAAAGGGAAAACCGGGCCCCUAACUAUUCCAUUCGGCUACGACUACUUCGUACGAGGACGGCAGGCACAUAGACAGCCGUCCACACGCCAUGUCCGACGAGGUCUCGCAGUUCCUCGAGCAGGUCGAGCGCCUGCGCGGGCAACAGAUUGAAGAUGACGAGGUGCGCGCCCGCGAACUGCAAGAGUUCCUCGCCGCCAAGCGAGAGCGUCAGGCGAGGAGAGAAGAACGCGCAAGAUCCAUCUCGCCGCAAAAGUCAUCGCCCGUCAACACCCCGUCCCCGCGGUCGAACCGUCGAAGCAUCCACCCUUCCGAAUCGCUGCGGCUCGAGUCUCCCUACACUGCGCGCGAGCCGUCCCCGCGCGAGCCGUCAGUUGAGCUCGACGCCAACGACAGGUCCAGCUCCAUGUUGAAAUCGACCUCGCCAACCAAGGAAAACGAGGCACCUGCCGAUGCACACGCGUCCGACGCGAAAUCUAUUCGCGAUAUCCCGUCGACGACGCCUCCGGCCAGAUCUGGAACGCUGUCGUGGCAAAAGCGGCCCGCCUCUCGCGGCGGGCCUGGCAGUAGGCCACUCAGCAUGGUCGCGGCCCAGAAUGCGACCCAAAGGUCGCUUGGUGCCGACCCGGCCCAGGAACCCGCGUCAGCCACCGAGCAGACCUUUUCCAAAGACCAGAUAGCGCAGGCUCUCGGUUCCAAAGACCCCGCCUGGUUCCGACAGACGGCCGACAGGGGCCUCAGCUCAGCCGCCUACAGACGCAACCAAGUCGAGGACGAGGACCGCCUGGACAUGACUUCUGUCAAGGCUCAACUGCCAGGCAUGUCAGCAGAGAAGCCCAAGGAUCGCCCGCCUUCUCAUUCAGACGCCGGUGCAAGGCUAGGCUCGCCUGUCGCCCUGAACCUUCCCCGCCGUGAUGAACCUAGCGAGGAGAAGCCGCCCGUCACUGAGCAGGCGAUUGUCUCCCCCUCGGCGGGGCGGACUUCUCCAGUACGAUCCGCUUCACCCACCAAAGGCAUGGGCGGCUUCGUUCAGAGUGCCAUGAUGAAGCGAAGCGACAGCGUCAAGAGAUGGAGUGUUACUAGCCCUCCAGGUUUAAAACGCGCAGACUCUGUCGCCAACCGAGGUACACUAGACAGGGGCAGUUCGCAGGUGGUUACGCGCCCUCAGAGCACUAUUCGCGGCGGUUCGACCACUCCAGGCUCAAGCCGGCCGACUUCUCAACACGGCGAGAGGGAGCCAGCGACGGAAUCGGCUUCCAAGCCGAGCCGCGAACUGUCCGUCGACACCACCCGAGCCUCGAAGCACGAAGACGAUGGCGCUAUCCCCACCAGUCCUUCCAAGACCAUGGACCCCAGGCGCUGGAGUCCGACCAAGUCGAGUUGGCUAGAGAGUGCUCUAAACCGACCAGAAACGCCCAAGUUACCACCCAAGCCGAAUCAGUCGCAGCCGUCUUGGAUGGCCGAUCUCAACAAGACCAAAACGGGACGAUCUACCCCUAACACUGAUACGGGACGACCCGCUUCACCCUCCCACAAGCACCAGGUCAGCAUUGGUGGGCUGAUGCGACAGUCACCAGUCGGCGAAGUUGCCAAGCCUAACACGACUGGCCUCGGGGGCAUUUACUCGCCCCCUCCUCAUGCCAAUCGGCCAGCGUUCGGCCACCUGUCGAAACCUAGCGUCACGGAGAACAUACCAAAACUGGAACCAGCAGAACCCAAAGACGAUUUUGAGAAGGAAGAGGGCAAGCAAGCAUCCAGAACGGUGCCGACCGACGAGCACCCCCCGACUCCAGCUGCCGAGAAGCGGCCUUCUGUCAUCAGCCCGCCCCCAACGAAAGCCAAGCCCGAGACGCCGCCAAAGAAGGAUUUUCGAGCUACUUUGAAGCAGCGGACGCUGCCGCAAGAGCCCCCGAAGGCAGAGGCAGCAGAGUUCAAGAACGUCUUUGGCAACCUUCGCCGAACUAAGACACAAAAUUAUGUCGCGCCCGAUGUGCUCAAGGAUAACAUUCUACGGGGCAAGGCGGGCCUGAACCAGACAGAUGGACCCAAGAAGAGCGAGCGGAAAGACGAGUUCAAGGAAGCAAUCCUGCAGAAGCGCGAGGGGUUCAAGAAGGCCCAGGCCGAGGGCAAGGGCGUGACCAGGACUGCUACUACCCCUGGAGAAAGGGCUCUUCCGGAGGGGUUGGCCAAGCGUGCGGAGCUGGGCCGCUCCAUAACCGGCACGAAGCAGACGUUGUCGGAUGCUGCCUCUUCUGGGGAGCCCAAGAAGGUCGAUAGUCAGAAGCCGGUCCCGGGUCCUAAGCGGAUACUCAGCGGCCAGUCCACGGCUUCACCCCAGUCGUCCAUGGCGGCUGCCACUCCAACUAAGAGUCCAAGUCUCGACAAGCCCCGGCGCGUGUCCACUGAGGUCUCCAAGCCUCCAUCAACCGAAACGCGAGCUCUGCCUUCACUGCAAAAAGAGACAAGUGCGCCAUCAAGGCUGCAGCAAGGCCGAGUUGGUGCGGCCAGCAAGCUUGCGGAUCGCUUCAACCCGGCUCUUGCAGGUAUGCUGGCCCGCGGUCCCCCGCCCACGGGGACAAGUGGAGGCCAGACGACUGGCGACUCUGGGUCGUCGAGGGGCGGCGCUUCUGGAGACAGCGCGGGAUCGAGUGCGCCAGGGCCUCAGUUAACACACAUGACGAAGAACCGUGCUCGGGGCCCUAGGAGGAAAGCCCCGACUGCAUCGACCACGACGUCAAAUGCAUCCGCUCCCAAGCCAGCUGAGCCGACUCAACAUGUGGGAGCCGAACCGGCCAAAGCCAAGGAACCUGAACAGCCGGUGUUGAAGAAGCAGAGCUACGUUGAAACCGAGACGGAGUUUGAACCAAAAAAGCCAGCACCCCUGUCGAUUCAGCAACAGGUCGCUGCCAAGGCAGCUGUACGAUCCAGGCCAGCGCCGCUGAAGCCGGAGGCGAAAUCCGCAGACGAGAACAAGGCCCCAGUGGACCCAGCACCAGAAGAAGCCCUUCCACCGUCUUCUCCGAGGAAACUGAACAUGAACCGCAUGUCCGUAUUCAUGGCCAGCACGGCUUCGAACGACAGCAAGGUAGAGUCGAAAGAGCCGAAAAAGCUCACACAUCAACGGACCGGGUCCAGGUCUCCUAUCAAGUCUUCGGAACGGACUCUGCCAGAGCCUUCGCCUUCACCAACUAAGAGUGACCGCGACUCCUUGCCAUCCAUGAGGGAUGCACCUCGAUCGCCACGAUUCGGUGCUUCGGUGACUUCGCCACCUCCGACCUCGAAGCCAUCUUUUGACGGACCGCGCACCGAGCAAGCUUCGCCACGACCCAAGUCCAGGGGCGCGGUGCGUCCCCUGUCAGGUCUUGGCGAUGGUCUCAGGUCUCCAGGCUCAAUCGCUUCGCCCGCGCGAUCUCCCACCAAGCAAGCCAGUGACGUGUCGACGCUGCUCACAGAGUUUUUCGGCCCUGACCGCCCAAAAGCCAAUGUCAAGGUCGAUCCUGCGGAGGUUCUCAUGAACCGCCCAUCUGCUGGUGCUAAGAUCACCAGCCAUGGCUUUCAGAUGUUCCAGAUCUUGGGGGACGGAAAGAAGCUCCCCGUGUCAGCCCAGAAUGAGCGUGUCUUGUUCGAGCGGGAGAUGUAUGUCUGUGCACACAACUUUACCGAUGCCGCAGGGAGGAAGUUAUUCGAAGUGUACUUUUGGGUCGGCGACGAAGUGCCCGAGUCAACGGCCGAGGACGCCCUGCUUUUCGUACAACGCGAGGCCAAAUCGUUGGGCGGAAAGGUGGUCAAGCUCCGCCAGGGCAAGGAAACGUCUGAGUUUAUUCAGGCUCUUGGCGGCGUCAUCAUCAUACGGAGAGGGUCCAGCAUCAAGUACGAUUCGCUGGCGCCUAGCAUGCUAUGUGGCCGGCGCUAUCUCGGACAAGUUGCCUUUGACGAGGUCGACUUCACAGCAGCGAGCCUAUGCGCCGGCUUCGUCUAUCUCAUCACGCAGGGCGGCAAGUGCUACGUAUGGAAGGGCAAGGGCAGCGACGUCACGGAGAUGAGCUGCGCUCGCCUGGUCGGCAUGGACCUAGCUCUCACCGGCGAGCUUCUGGAGCACGAAGAUGGCAGCGAACCGGCGACGUUCUGGGCCAUAUUUGACGGAGAAGGCUCGAAGCCGCACUCGGCGGACCACUGGAGACUGAAGCCGAGCUACGACAAGUACUGCAGCAGACUCUUCUGCUCGGAUGCAGACUCGCGACAGCAGAUCUUCGAGAUCAGUCCGUUUGGACAGGUGGAUCUCUCGCCGUUUAGCAUCUACGUCCUAGACGCCUUCUUUGAGAUGUACAUUGUGGUCGGCGCGCGGGCCAACUCACAGUACACGUCGUUCCGCAACGCGCUCGACUUUGCGCAAGAAUAUGCCAUCCUGGCGGCGGGUAUGGAGGACCGCCCCUUUGUGCCCGUGUCGACGGUGGUGCUCGAGGGCAUCCCACGCGACCUCAAGCGCGUGUUCCGCAAGUGGGACGACGCCCGCAGCCCGACGGUGACGAACCAGCCGGCGGCGGCGGCCGGGCAGGGGCUCAGGCGCGGGCGCAGUCUGAGGGUCGUGACGCUGAACCAGGCGCUCCAGGCGCUGAGCGAUUGAGCGGGCGGCCAAGGAUCUGUGGGCGGCCCAAGAGGAGGGGGGAGGGGAGGGGGCGUCUGCCGUCAUGUUGGUAGCACAUGGAUAUACGGAGGAAGUACGGAGUACAUGCUGUACGUUACCGUGUACGUUUUCCGGGAAAUGCAUAGGCGAGGCGCGUGGCGUCGUAAUGGACGACGGAUGGCGCAAAUGGGAAUCGGCGAUGCUAUUGGAAAGCUGUAAUGUCCUUCCUUUCACGCGGCGUAGAUGGUGUAACGUGGCUGUGUGUAUAGAUUUGUCGCUAUCGAAUGGCAAAUGCAAAGAGUAAGGCGCAAGCAGGCAGGCAUACAGG